AUGUCCCAACUACCACAGACAGUGCGCAUCAAGCGCAAGAGACAAGACGAACCUGUCGAAACGUUGCAUAUCCGCACCCAAGAUGAUCCGAACAAGCGUCGCUUGACCGAGCCUACAGCAGCAACCACUCUUACCUCGAUAUUCAAGCGUGUCCACGAGUCCAAAGAUGUUGACACGUCAGCGACUGCUUCCCCUGCAUUAUCCACUUCCUCCCGGCCUUCCAGUCCACGUCUCAGUGAUCGGAAGGUCCUGACGCCGCGUCCCACGAGACGCUUCCACCUCUCUAGAGGCUCCUACUCCGGUCCGCCGGGUGGCGUUCAAAAGCGAAAGAAUGUCGCUACUCUCGUCGAGACGAAGUUGCAGCCACUCAAGGCGAGGAAAGACGGAGUCCCGCCAGCCCUUGCAAAUUACCUCGCGAACCAAACCGCGAGCCAUGAUGGUGAUGUUGACAUGGACAUGCCUGAGCAACGGCAGCCCAAAAGACCUUUGACGAAAGCGAGCUCAAGCAAAGGGCGCUGGACGUCGAGAGCUGAGGGCAACAAAGACAAUGCCAAAAACACUCUUGGUCGCGAUGGUGUGUCUGACGCAACAGCUCAAGGCCAGAAAGGCACAGCCCCUUCACAGAACGACGUCGAUCAGAACUUGCUUCGUCAAAUGCAGGAGUUUGCCCAGGAAGUGGAGGAGUCGGAAAAAUCUGUUGUCAAACCGCGUUACCAACCGCAAAUGCCUGCCACACCCCCAAAGCUCAAGUUCCAACCCAGAACUCCACAAAUUGCUCGCUACCGCGAUCGUCACCCUGAGGGGCAGAAGCCCGACUCUAGCCAACGAGAUGUUGACAUGGAGAACUCAGAUAUUGAAGACGGCGAGUAUGUCUAUGACACGUAUAUCCGAUAUGACGGCCCGUCGGAUACUCUGAUAGAUCCGUUGAAGAGCGACACUCUUCCUCCUAACAUUGGCCUGCUUAUUAUCUCGGAAGAGGACCAGCCAUUGUGGGAAGAGUAUCUCGAGGAUGUCGGUGAUCAGGGCAGUGACUUUGAUUUUGAGGACGAAGAGGAUGAGAAUGCGGAAGAUUUCUACGGAAAUGAGUAUCCGGAGGAGGAAGUGGCUAGUGACGACGAGUACGAUCAAGGCGCAUACAACUAUCGUGUCGGCGCCAGUGAUGAUGAAGAGUAUGGACUCAGUGACGAAGAUGAGUUCAACGAUCUGAGGAGACCGUGGGGGAGUGGAAAGCCGGCGUGGAUGAAAGGGGACAAGAGCAAAGAGGAUAGCGACGACGAUGAGUACUGA